UAAAUACCACAGCCCUUUCCCCCGCAGUGUUUUCUUCCGCAGUGGAGUUGAGCAGAGCUGCCAAGGAGGAGGGGGAAGGAAAGGAUAAAACCCAGCCAUGUGGGCAGGGCUGGGGCUAGUUCUGGCUCUCUGUCUCCUCCCAGCAGGAGGGGAAGAGAUUCAGAACUGCAAGGAGCCCCCGGAAUGGCAUAUUGGGGAGGAGAACCCAAUGCUGAACUCCAGGGGCUCUGUGACAGUGGUGGCUCUUCUCCAGGCUAGCUGAUACUUGUGCCUGCAGCAGGCUUCCAGAUUGGAGGACCUGCGAGUGAAAUUAGAGAAUGAAGGACUGGUCAAUAUCUCAUAUGUGGUUGUCAACCAUCAAGGAACUCAUUCACAGAGGAAAAUUCACCUACUGAAAGAAAGUGUUUCAGAAUAUAUUACUGUUUACCAGCAAGAUGAACAGGAAGCUGAUGUCUGGACUAUCUUAAAUGGAAACAAAGAUGACUUUCUCAUCUAUGACAGAUGUGGCCGUCUUGUGUAUCAUCUGGGCCUGCCCUAUUCCUUCCUGUCUUUCCAAUAUGUAGAAGAAUCUAUUAAGAUUGCAUAUUGUGAAAACAAGUGUGGAAACUGCUCUUACAUGGAACCCGAUAUUGAUGAUAUAUGUGAAAACAUCACCAAAAAAGCAGAUGAGAAGCUGGCAGAGAUAGAACCCAAACCAAAUGGUCAACAUUUGCAUCACCACAGCUUGCACAGGCGUAGACACCAUCACCAUCGCAAGGGCAGUCAUCAUUCCAGAAAUGAGAACCAGCAAGCUCCUUCUGAAACUCAAAGUCAUCCUCACAGCGGUCGACAUCAUAGAGUUUUUGGCCAUAGCAGACAGGAUCAGACAGGCAGUACUGCACAGGUAGAGGCUGUUCCCCCAGAAGAAAAUGUAGAAAUUACACAAGAUAAAAAGCUAUGAAAAAAGGGGAAAACCACCUGUAAAAACCAGUUAACUUGAAAUUGGCAGACAGCAUCAGACUCAAUUUCUAGUAGCUGAUGCUGCCAUUGUCGACACCUUCUGUUUGAAGAGAUAGGAAAUUCUGUCAUUUGACAGUGUCGUGGAGCACUUCCAAAUUCUUGCAGGUGACACGGACAGCUGUUAGCAGAGGACAUCACUGAAUCUUGACAGUGACGUCUGCUCACUGCUGCCUGACAGUCACCAGCAGCAGGAGAAAGUGUAUCUAGUGAUACCUGACAGUGACAGGAAGAGGCACAAAACUGAGCCUGAAAAACAAACUAAGCACCUUAAAAAUGUAAGGUAGUCCCUACCACCUAAAUUAGUGUAGUUGGGAGAAUGGAAAAAUUAACAGAUUCAGUGGUUUUAUUGCCCUCAACUAAGAAGAGAUAGGUGUGUAGAGUUAAAAUACUGCAAAGAUGUAGACUUGUAGAACAGUGGUCUUAGAAUUACACUGACCUGUCAAAUUCCAUCAGUGAAAAUCUUCAUUUAAUUGACUCCUAGUUUGUUUUUCAGUUGCACUGGGAAGGUGCCUGCAUUCUUGAUUAAUAUGUCUGUCUUUUUUCUCUUCUAACAUUCUGCUUGCAUUUGUGAGGACAGGAGCAUAAACUAUGACCUAGGGGCUCCUGUUUGAUGUUUUGCAACCAAGGAUAGAAGAUAACCAAAACAGAUAUUUUAAUCAUUUUUUUAUCAAGAAGAUGGAAAGUUGUUGUUUUGGUUUUUUUUCUUUCUAACCUGGGGAUACAAAAUACAUAAAAGAAAAGCUUACUCCUGAGCAAUAUGCCAAGAUAACUUUUUAUUUUAAAUGUAAAAUACAAGCAGUAAUUGCAUUAUACUAAAGUAACAGAUUUAUAUGCUUAACUUUUGUGGCUUAUACAUGGUACCAGGAUCCACUAAUACAUAUUGCUACAUCUUAUAAACUCCCACCAAAUCAGUAAGAUCAUGCCUAAAGUGAGAAGCAAUGUUAACAACUCCUCAUGCAAAAUCAGUAUCAUAAAAGGGAGUCGCAGAAAAAAAUUAAUCUUGGUUUAAUGUUUAUCUUUGUUUGAUAAGUAUUGAUGAGUAAGUUGAUAUGCUACUUAAACCUGUAUAAUUUCUCUGUGUGUACCUUACCAUUCCUAACCUUUGAUUAACUAAGUAAAAAUAUAGUUGUUUGAAGGAUUCCUGGGUGAAAAGAGAAUAUUCAAGAAAGGACAACUGCUUUGAAAGUGUAUACCACAAUUAAUCAUGGUUUAAUGGGGAAAUUAUUGCUCCUACAAAGCUUGAAGCUUUUUAUCUUGAAUGCUGAUUAGCAAGAAAGAAUGCAUGCCUUUGGAAUAUCUGACAAGAGCAUUUUCAAUAAAAAAUAAUCUGUAUUUCUUCA